UAGUUCACACACAGUGUCUCACAGCAGCCUGCCCCACGCAGCGCUCAUAAAGUGCUUCAGCUCUCCGCGUCCUCCAGAGGCGAUGCUGGAGUUCGGAGAGACGUGCGGACCUCGCACAGGCUUAAAAUAGGGAACAAAGUUUUUUUUAUUUAUUUUUUAUUCGGCAUUAACUUGCUGUUUUUCCCACCGCUCCCGGACAUCAUGGAGUACUGGAGGCAAUGUGCGAUGUGGCUGAUCAGCUGCAACGUGCUGCCAGCCAACCACCGGGUGAUUGCGGACACGGCGCAAGUGUUCGACCUGGCGCAAACCCUGCGGGACGGGGUGCUGCUUUGCCAACUUCUGAACAACUUGAGAUCUGCCACUAUCAACCUGAAGGAGAUCAAUCUCAGGCCACAGAUGUCACAGUUCCUGUGCUUGAAGAACAUCCGUACAUUCCUGACUUCUUGCUGUGAGGUGUUUGGGAUGAAGAAAAAGGAUUUAUUUGAAGCCUUCGACCUCUUUGAUGUUCGAGACUUUGGAAAGGUUAUGGAUACACUAUCCAAGCUUUCCUACACAGCAGUUGCACAGCAAGGAGGAAUCAAGCCAUUUCCAACAGAGGAAAGCCUCAAAGAUGAGGACAUUUACAAUAAUCUGGAAGACUUGAUUGAUGAGAAUGCCCCCGAUGAUGAGGACGACUUGUAUGCAGCGGUCUACGGGCUGGAAGAAGACUACGCAGGUGGAGAGAUCUAUGAAGACCUCAUGAGGAAUGAGCAGCAUCCCCCCUUGCCGGCAGAGGUGGAUGUCCGGAGCUGCUGCCUCUCAGAGAUCAAACAGACGGAGGAGAAAUACACAGAGACCCUGGAGUCAAUCGAGAAGUAUUUCCUGAACCCUCUCAGGAAUUUUUUCUCCGCUGCUGAAAUCAACAAAGUUUUUGUCAACAUUCCAGACCUGGUUAAAGUUCAUAAGAGCCUGAUGGUCGACGUGCAGGACUCCAUCUUAAACAAAAAUGCCUUAAAUCUCUACCAGAUUUUCAUCAGCUACAAAGAGAGACUGCUCAUUUAUGGUAUAUACUGCAGUCAGGUGGAGAUCGCCAUCGCUGUGUUAGACCUCAUUUGCAAAGAGAAAGAGGAUGUUCGUCUAAAGCUCGAGGAGUGCUCAAAGAGAGCCAACAAUGGGAAGUUUACUCUGAGGGACCUGCUGGUUGUCCCGAUGCAGAGAGUCCUCAAGUACCACCUACUUCUUCAGGAACUAGUCAAACACACUCACGAUGCUGCUGACAAGAGCAACUUGAAGAUUGCUCUUGAUGCCAUGAAAGACCUGGCUCAGUUUGUCAACGAGGUGAAGAGAGAUAAUGAGACACUGAGGGAGAUCGACCAGUACCAGAGGUCUAUUGAAAACCUGAAUCAGCCUCUAAUCAGCUACGGUCGACCAAAAGGUGACGGAGAGGUGCGCAUGGUCUCCAGUGUUGACAAGAAGAAACAGGACAGACACAUAUUUCUUUUUGAUGUGGCUGUCAUUGUUUGCAAGAGGAGAGGAGACAACUAUGAGAUGAAGGACAUCCUUGACCUCAACAACUUCAAGAUCACAAACAACCCCACCAGCGACAGAGAGGGUAAAAAGUGGUGCUACGGCUUCUACGUGACUCACCAGCAGGGACACGCCGGCUUUGAGCUCUUUUUUAAGACCGGAGAACUGAAGAAGAAGUGGCUGGAUCAGUUUGAAAUGGCCAUAUCAAAUAUUCGACCAGAGAAAGCCAACCACAACACCCACCAGUUCAUGAUGCACACCUUUGAAAGGAUCACUUCCUGUAGUUCCUGCCACCUCUUGCUCAGGGGCAUCUUUAACCAGGGUUACCGCUGUCUGAAAUGUGGGCUGGGGGCUCAUAAGGAGUGUCUGGGUCGACUGGGAAUCUGUGGGAGAACAGAUGCUGCCAAGCCGAAACCCAAGGAAAACACAACACCACCAGACCCAGGUUUACCCAGGAUGGUUGUGAUCAGAGACUACAGUGGCAUCCCUUGUCCCCAGUGUGGGCCCCCACUAAGCAUUCAUGCGGGGGAUGUCAUUGAACUGAUGUUUGCCGACCUGCACAGCUCCUGGUGGCAGGGAAAAAUUCUGGCGACAAGCAAGAUUGGCUUCUUUCCAAGUGACGCUGUGAGGCCUUGCCCAUGUGUUCCAAAACCUGUCGAUUACUCGGCCCAGCUCUGGUUUGCAGGUCCUAUGGAGAGAUACCAGGCUGAGGUGGAGCUUCUGGACCGAGAGAACAGCACCUAUCUGGUUCGACACAGGAGUAAAGAGUGCACUGAAUACGCCAUUAGUAUAAAGUUCAAAGAUAAAGUCAAGCACAUUAAGAUUCUGACCAAGGAUUGCUGCUUUUACAUCGCUGAGAGUCGGCUGUUCAAGACUGUGCAGGACUUGGUGGAUUACUACAAGCAGCAUUCAUUGAAGGAGGGUUUCAGCAGUCUUGACACCACUCUGCAGUUGCCCUAUAGGGAGCUGUCCAAUGGAAGCAUGCCCAAGGCCAUUACCAGGGCUGGCAGUGUGUUUUCUCCCAGGGUGGUGGGUGUUGCAGUGGCACGUUAUGACUUCUGCUCCAGAGACACACGGGAGCUCUCCCUGCUGCAGGGAGACAAUAUCAAGAUCUACACCAAGAUGUCCAACGGGUGGUGGAAGGGAGAGAUCGAUGGCAGGAUGGGCUGGUUCCCCUCGACCUACGUGGAAGAAGAGGACUGACUUUGUUGGAUGAAUGACUAUUCAGCGUCCAUUCAAAGCCGACCACCUCCGGCGACUAAAGAGGGAGCAGCGAGGCCCUCAAAAACCUUCUCCUGCCCUCUGACAGACUCUCACACGGAGCAGAUGUCAAAUCACAGAUUCCGGGAGCGUCAAGCCAUAUCUCGCCUCUCUGUGGCCCCGUCUUCCCCCGCGGCCCCAUGGGAAGUGCAUGUGCCGUACCCAGAUAACCCUCCACCCUCCCUUUAUGCUCACCUUGUCUGAUUAUUGAUGACUCCAUUGGCUGGUGUGAGACUUGCCUUCACUGUCAUCAUGUUUCAAUACCAGGCAGGCUCAGUCACCCAACUGGAACACAGAUCCUGCUGACAGUGCAGCGCCCAGGUGCCGCACCAAAUUGAAAUGCAGGACCUGAGGAGCUUUGGCUGUUGUUGGAACAUAGCUGUUCAGACUUUUAUUUUUAACAGUUUAAAUGUGAUAUUUAAAUGGAAACACUGAAAUGAUCCGAUGCUGUUUGAAAAACAGGAUCUAAAGAUUUCAGUUCCACAGCGUGAAGGAUGGAUCCGUCAUGCGGUGUGUUUGCAACUUAAUGACUAUUAGUCUUGUGGAGCCAGAAGUGAUUUGGUCAUAUCAUUACAGAACAAGACCUCUUCAGACAAAGUAGUUGUGGAUUAAUGUUGUGGAAAGUGUUGAAAUCCAUUGCUGAUAAAGCUUUGUCUCACAGCUUUGAUUCCUAUUCUGUUAUCAUUUCUUUUCAGUCAUUGUUUAUUUGAAUCAAUACCUUUGACUUUAAAAAGCAUCUUCAUGAGAUGCUGGAUUGGUUCCAAAAUGUAACACCUACUUAACCCUUCCAUUGUUCCCUCCUACUCAAAUGAAAAGCAAUAGUUCAACAUUUUGGAAUUCACUUAUGUGUUAAAAAGUUAAAUACCACUGUCUGUUUAAUAUGAAGCUACAGCAGGCAGCUGAUUAGCUUAGCUGAUAAUAAAGAGUGGGCACAGGAAUUACAAGACUCUAGGAAUGUGUGAUCUUUAGAGGUGAUGGUAGGUAUGUAUGCUAAACUAAACAAGGGAUGUAAGU